AUGGCUUCCGAGGUCACAGCAAGACAGUUCAGUCCUCUGAAACGUUUCAGUCCUCCCACCGAUUCACUUCGCAAGAUGACUCGAAAGCACCAUGAAGGUCUGCUGAAGCGAAUGUAUAUGCCUUUUGUGAGAGGACCAGAAGACAGGCAUUACUUCCCCAGUUUUGAAGACAAAUACAGCAAUUCUUUUCUCAAAUCCAAUCCUUACACUCCGCCUGAAGAGAAAAACUACCCUUUUGCUCCACAUCGGGAUGAUGUGCCGGUCAUUAACACAUUCUCAGGGCUUGUGAGCCCAGGAGCCAAAGCUGACCAGAAAAUAAUCUCCGGCCCAAUGACUGAAACCCCUAAGGAUGGCAGAGAUGCACCUCUUCCCCAGCAAGACAUACCUGUCCCACACAGGAGAGCCCAGACUUCGCAUGGAAGACCUGCAUUGCUGCUGAAAGGGCUCGAUCAACAGCAACACUGGAACUCCAGAUGGGUGCCAGAUGUUUCUCUCAAGGCACAAGUUGCAAAAUGGACAAAUCCAGUAAAAGUUCUGCCUGCUCCACCUCCAGCCAAAGAAUGUUUCUCACCGCAUACAUUUAUAUUUAAUGUGGACUUGGACACUAAGUCCAGUGACCCUUCCUCUGAAGCUAGUCAAGAUGAGAAAGCCCGGAAGCAUAUGUAUACCUCAAUGACACAAAGUGGAUAUGAAGACGUUCCCUGGGACAGAAUGUUACGUCCUAAACCCCCGCUAGAUUCAACUAUAGAAGCAAUGACAGAUUGUGUUUCCCAGUGUUUUAUGCUGAAGCGAUAUGAACCAGCACCUGAAGCGAGCCAAGUUGUUGGAGACCUCUGGGACAGAUUUCAAAGAAGAUCCUUCACUGUACCUCACACACCAAUUAAUUUUGUCAGCCCAAGUUCUCGAACUGAGCAGAUCCCUUUGUAUACGGGCCAUGUUGGUGCAGAGAAUUUUGAGGACGUCGACAAUGCUGACGUCGACUUAAUUAUGCAUGGCAGAGUGCGAAUCGCAAAGCCCCGCUACGUGAAAUCAUCUUUCUCCCUCAACACCCCUGGAUACACCGGCAAGGUUCAUUGGUCAGCCACCCAACCAGCAAAUUCUAAUCUCCCACCAACAUUGCCAUCCACAAUUUCACGAAUGCAUGGGUACAUGGUUAAGCAAGGGCAGCCGACUAAAUUUCCACACCUGGGGCCCUUGUCACGGAUUGUUACACCCACCGAACCUCAAAAUUCUUUUAAUAGGAAGGUGAAAGAAAGAAUUAAAAUUUGA